AUGGCAGUAGCAGUAGUGGAUGAGACUGUAGAAGUAGAUUCAACAACCUUGUUUUGGGCGCAACUAAAGAACAGCCACGACGAUUUUCAAGAACUAAUCGAGGAUCUCACCCGCCGAAUGACACGGCGACACCGUCAAUUGCCCCUGUUACCUGACUGUAGCAACCUAGAUGAAAUAGUCGCAGUUAAAGAAGGACGGCGAUGGCAAAGAGGCAUCUUAACUCAGAUCCGAAAGGACGGUACCGCCGAAGUCGACCUAAGAGACUGGGGCCGGACUAUCGACAGGCCCUGUUAUGAAAUUUACAUACUUGAAGACCGAUUUCGCGAGAUAGAGUGGCAGGCUAUUCCCUGCGCUCUCGCGUAUAUCAAACCCGAUCCCGCGAAAACAACAUGGCCUCGGCAAGCAAGGGACUUAACAAAAUUUUUGAUCGAGCGCCGCGAAGGAUGGAUUAGCAUCCUGGGACACGUUGACGAAUUAGGAGCACUCGUGAAACUUGAAUUGAUGAAUGAAUCCGGUCGUGAAAUAAUAAAUAUUAAAGACAUUUUGGUAGAUUCAGGUUAUGCACAACUCAGUGAAAAGUUGUUAGAAAUAGUAAACCCCUCUAUUUAA